AUGAGGAGGGAUUUGGCCAUCAUCCUCCAGAUGGGAUUGGCUUUUGCAUUUAUUUUUUCCGCGUUUAAUUCGCAAGGAUUAAUUGAGAUAUCCGUAUUGCGCAAAAUGGCAGAACUUCAUCCGGAAAGCGGAAUUACGGAAAACAGUGGAUAUUAUAGUUUGUCCAUAAUUUACUUCUCCUUCACGAUAUUCAACUUGUUUGUGCCACCAGUUGUCAAGAAAUUAAGACCAAAAUGGUCACAGGCUGUCGGAGGCUUGUGUUAUUUGUUCUUCGAACUCACAUUCUUCCAUUUAAACGCAAUGCUGCUCUAUUUUGGUUCAGCUGUUCUUGGACUUGGUGCUGCAUUGCUUUGGACUGGAAAUGGUUGCUAUCUUGUGGACUUUUCUCGCAACGGAAAACUUGGUAGAAACUCUGGGAUUCUAUGGGCAAUGCUUCAAUCCUCACUGAUUACUGGCGGAGUUUUCCUUUACUAUGUUUUGCAAAAUGGAGACUUUGUCAAUUCGUUCAAGUUGGUUUAUACGGUUUUCUCAGUCGUCACUCUUCUUGGAAUCGCUUGCAUUGUGUUCUUGCCCAGCUAUCCUCCACAAUAUGAACAGCAAUUGGAAGACGUCAUCGUCGACGACACCCAGCCAAUCCUUUCUGUCCGCUCGGAGGAUGAUGAGCCGAUUCAAGUUUUUCCAACAUCCCGAGCCGAUACCCUCGAACCAGUUCGCGAUCAAAUUUUUCACACAUUCCGCCUUCUUUCGACACAGGAAAUGCUAAUGUUAUCAGUUACAUUCAUGUUCACCGGAAUUGAAAUGACGUUCUACACAGGUGUCUACACUGCUUGCAUCUCUUCCACGAACGCCUUAAGCAGCUAUUCGGACUUUAUCAUUGCUUACAAUGCAUUUGCUAUCGGAACGAGUCAAAUUUUGGGUGGAAUCCUCAACGGCCCAGCUCUUCGAAUGUUCAAAUUGAAUCGCGCUUCCUGCAUCAUUUUCGGAAUGAUUGCUCAUCUCGUCGCCUUUUUCCUAUGCUUUUUGGUCAUUCCAUUUGAUUCUACCCUUCAUAAAACUGACAUGCCAACUUAUGCUCAGCCGACACUUAUGAUGACACUCAUUAUCUCUUUCCUUCUGGGAAUUGCAGACGCUUGCUGGCAAACUCAACUUUAUGUGAUUCUCGGAGAACUUUACAGGGAUGAAUGCAUUUACGCAUUUGCAAUCUACAAGUUCUUCCAGUCAUUGGCCGCUUGCAUCUCCUUUUUCUACAGUGCCCACCUUCUUCUGCACUGGCAACUGUUGAUUCUUACCAUUUGUUGUUUUUUGUCGGCGUCAUUCUUCCUUCGUAUUGAAUAUCUAAUCGAAGUUGACAAUAACCGACCGAUUCUUGAUGAUGAAGAAGAAGUGCAAGCAUAA